UUGUUUAAUUUAAUUACGAGGUACUUACCGUUGCUGUUAUCGUUCGUUGAAAAGGCUUGCUGUUUUGUAGGUUUAAAAAAGUAACAUUUUAUUUACAUUGUAAUGUAUUUAAAAACGCAAUUGUGUGUUUCUGCAAUUACCAACAAUAGGCUAUGCGUAAAACAUUCACAUUACGCGCAACCGGCUCACUGCUGGUAUUGUGUACAGUAACGGAUUCUGAGUUUUGUAACUUGUAUUUUAGAGAUGUCGACUAGUUCAAGCUAUUAAAAGCCUACAGAUUAAUAGAUAUAUAUAUAUAUAUAAUAUGUAUGUACAUGUUUCUCUAUCGUACCGAAUACUCACUACUCAGCGACAGCAUCUCCAAACCAUAAGUAUAAUGGUUGUUUGCCUUCUUUUACAGAUAUUCCUCAGAUAUCUGGAUUCUGACACUCAACUCCAAACGUCUUCAAGCCUUGUCGUGAUAAAGCACUUUAGGUGCACAUUUUUGCAAGUAAUCUGUUAUUUCCUGCUCUGCUGGCGCUGUCUUCAGUGGUAGGUUCAAAAGAGUGCCCUCACCACUGCCUCUGCUACGAACACUCGGAUUUAGUGGACUGCCGAGCGCGCGGGUUCCUCCAACUGCCCCAUGGCCUGUCCCAUGGCACCUGGCUGCUGGACCUGGGUGGCAACUUGAUGAUGGAAGUGCGGAGCCGUGCCUUUGCCGGACUUUGGUCUCUGCGUGUCCUGGUGCUGUCUGAUAGUGGAAUCCAGCUGCUGCAGCCCGAGGCCUUCUACUCCCUCUCAUUUCUGGAGAAGCUGGACAUGAGCCGUAACAAGCUGCUCUGGCUACCGCCAGACUUCUCCCACAGUCUGUCCUCAGUCCGGGAGCUCCGGCUGGACCACAGCACCCUUGAGCGGCUGGAAGUCUCCAGCCUGGAGCACCUGGAGAAGCUGGAUCUCAGCCACAACCACAUCACCUUCCUCCAGCCAGGAGCCUUCCGGGGCCUGCCUCGACUGCGCCCCCUGCAGCUAGCUGGCAACCCGUGGAACUGCGACUGCGACCUGCACCGGGUCUUCAGCAAGCUGCUGAGUGUACGCCACUUGCACGUUGACGACUACCACAACGUGACGUGCCACGAGCCUCUGCAGCUGGCGGGUGCCUCGUUGGCAUGGGUGGACAGUCAGUUGUGCAUGGCAGAGAUGGCCACCGUGCUGGUCAUCACUGUGACGGUGCUGGUUACCGUGUUGGCAGCUGUGGUUAUGGCUGAGCACACCCGCAAAAAGAACCAACAUGCCAAGAGCUGGGACGCUGAGUCGCAGUCCCAGGAGAGGUGACUGUCAUGGGGGAGGGACACUGAGUGAGUGUGUAAUCAGUUCGGUAGAUGCAUUUCACACCAUGCUUCCUGGUCAUUUUAUGUUUAAAGAUAAAAAAGGGGCCAUUUCCCAUCUGCAGCAAACUGACUGUGAGGGUUCAUAACACACCUCAGGCUCAGAAUGCUCCUUAACAUUCAGUUGAACUUGUUGGAGGCAUUCAUUCUCUCUUCUACUUCAUCAUGGUCAUAAUGCAUGACCCAAUCUGGUCCCAAGAGUCUGAGAAACAAUAUUUUAGUGUAUGAGCAGUUUUGUAUGAUGUAUCUAGAAGUCUGUGACUUGUGGAACUGGAGGACUUGGACAUUAUUUUUCAGUGUAUCAUUUAAGACCUACCUGAAGUGUUUUACUGCUUACAAUUUAUCCUGUUAAUUUAUUUCCUGAAACACCAGUACAGUGUUUGUCUUUUUCUGUUCAACAUUUUCUCUUCAAUGUCUAUUCCAUUUCUGUACACUGUUGAGAAAAAAACGAGUCAUGUUUCAAAUGUAGGACCUAGUACAGUAGUUAUUUUUGUUUUCAUGAAUGAUGUUGAUGAUUAUCUUCGAACACAUGGAUAUGUUUGAUAGGGAAUUUAUUGUAUACAGAUAGUAAAAAUUAAAUCUUUGCCAGAUUUGA